AUGAGAGAGACGAGAGGUGGGGAUGGGGGAAGGCCAGGGGAAAGAGUGGAAGAGCAGGGGGGAAGGCAGGGGGAAGGAUGGCGGGAGGCGCAAAGGGGAGGGUGGAGGGAAGGGCAGGGGGAUCCGUGGGGGGAAGGACGGCGGGAGGCGCAGGGGGAAGGGGGCUUCCAGGGCCCCGCUGUGGGGCAACGGGGCAGCGAGGCAUGGGGGGGGAUGCGGGGAGAGCGGGGAAGAGAAAGGUGGGGGCAGGAGGAGGAGCGUGAGAGAUGGGAGGAGAGGGGGAAAGGGAGGGACGAGCGCCGUUCGUAUCCUCCUCUUCCUCUCCCUUAUUCCAGCGCUCUUCCCGCCACCCGCUCUCCCCUGAUGCUUCCCCCCGAGGCCCGCUCAUCGUCCCCCCUUCCGCCUCCUCCCCCGCCGCCCCAUCCCCAUAGCAACCACCUUUCCGACAGGCAUGCGGUGGUUCAAAAGUCUGAGUCUGAAAAGCGAUGCUUCUCCUUGAAUCAUACAGCUAAUAUGUCCGAUACGUUGGUUUUCGAGACCUCUCAGAACGAUUCUCGGCCGUCUUUGAAUCGCCAGGCGCGUGGGGGAGCGGAUGAGCGGGGAGCGGGGAGAGAGAGGGAGAGAGGGUGUGAGACGCGGGGAGAGGAGGAGGAGGGGGAGGAGGGAGGGGAGGAGUGGGAGAGUGAGGAGGAGAGUGAGGAGGAAGGGGAGGAGGUGGAGAAGGGAAUUGGAGGGGGGAGCUGGCAGCGAGAUGCAGGCGCAGCAACAAGGAGAGGACUAACGCCCCCUGCAGCAGCAGCAGCAGCAGCAGCAGCGGCAAUGAGAGGUUUUACCCCCCCCUCAGCAGCACUAGCAGCAGCAAUGAGAGCUUUUACUCCCCCGCGAGGAGCAGCAGCAGCAGCAGCAGCAGCAGCAGCGGCAGCAGCAGCAAUGAGAGCCUUUACACCCCCCCCACGAGCAGCACCACCCUCGUCGCCGCUGCUCUCCCCGGCAGCAGUAGCAGCAGCAGGGGCAGGAGCAUUGUCCAUCCCUCUCUUUCUUCCCCACGGCACAAGCCCCCAUGCAGCAGCAGCGGCAGCAGUGCGCAUGCGAGCACUCAUGGGCAUGUGCGCUGAGUCGCAGCAGAGCAACUCAAUACCUCUGCCUGGAGCUGUGCCUAAUCCUCUGCCUGUACCUGCUCCAGGGACAUUGGGGAAUGGUAACCCUGUUUCUGCUGCUGCUGCUGUUGGUGGUGGUGGUGCUGGUGCUGGUGCUGGUGCUGCCAGUGCUGCUGUUAGUGCGGCUGGUGGGGGGUGGGGAAGAAAACGAGGAGAUAGGAACGCUUUUAAGCAACCCCAGCAGCAGCGGAGGGUGCUAGGCCGGAGCAAUUUAGAAACACUUCGAGAAGAUGAGGAAAGGAAGGUAGAGUGGAAUAGGGGAGGGGAAGAGGAGGAGGAGGAAUAUGAGGAGACGGAUAGGGACAGGGAAGGGAAGGUGGAUAGGAGAGGCGUGAGGAGAGGGGAUGACGAGGCUCGGGAGCGAUUGAGCUCCGACGGCUCAGAUUCGGACGGCUCAGGCUCGGACGGCAGUGGGGAGGUGAGGAGGCGGGGAGAGGAAUCGGAUGAGGAUGAAGAGGAGGAGGAGAGGGAGAGGGAGGAUGAGGAGAGAGAGGAGAGGAGGGAAAGGAGGGAGGAUUUGCAGAGGAAGGAGCAGGAGGUGUGGAGGCUGCUGAGAGAGACGAGUGUGCUGCAACAAAUGGCGCAGGUGCAAGCACAGGCUCGGACGCAGUUCGAAGCUCAGGCUCGGGCGCAACUGGAGGCUCGGGCACGGAUGGAGGCGCAGGCUCGGGCCGAAGCUGUGGCGCAGGCUCGGAUGCAGGUCCAGGCCCAGGCUUUCAUGGCAUCACAAGCAGCAUUCCUAGCACAGGCACAGGCUCAGGCUCAGGCGCAAUUGCAAGUGCAGGCUCGGGCCCAGGCUGAGGCGCAGGUUCGGGAGGCUUUGGUUCGGGGGGCGCAAGCUCGCGCUAUGAGCCCGUUUGGUGUGGGACAAGAAGGUGUGGGAGUGACGUCACCAGACAGAGAGACAGCAGCAGACAGACAGGCAGAAUCAGAGGGGCAGGAAGCAGGAGAAGCAGGAGGAGCAGGAGGAGGAGGAGGAGCAGGAGGAGGAGGAGCAGGAGGAGCAGCAGGAGGAGCAGUAGGGGUUGAAGGAGGAAGGGCACUUGCUGUGUUUGUGCCAGGCAAAGACUCUCUCGCUUUGUCCACUAUUCCUUACCGCCCCCUGUCACACCCUCCUCUCUCACACCCUCCUCUCUCACACCUUCAUGAAAUAGAAGAGAAAGAGCGGGAGCAGCAGGAGGAGGAGGAGGAGCAACAGAAGCAUGAGUCUCUGCAAAAUAUUCAAAACGUGGCAGUGGCAGCAGCUGCGGCGGCGGCAGCAGCCGCGGCAGCGGCUGCUUCAGAGGCGGUUUAUGCAAGCAUGGUGGGGAGGAUGGGCGGUGGCGUGGGGAGGUUGGAAGUCAACCCCGUCCCACCAGUUCGCCCUCCCAUACCACCUGAGAACACACCUGAGCUGCGCAGAAACGCACCUGAUCUACGGGAAAGCACACCUGAGCUUUCUCCUGAAGACCUGGCCAUGUUCCAUUCCUUUGCUCGCUUCGAGUCCACGCUCCCGCCGAGCCUCAGCCAUCCGAGCCUCCGAGGGAAGGAAGCUUCGAAGCUAGCAGCGAGAAUGAGCGUUCGGUGCUUGAGAAGAGACGAAGGAGAGGAGGGAGAUGAGGGUGAGGAGGGAAAUGUGGGACAGAAGGAGGUGGUGGAGGGGGAGAAGGAGGAGGGAGAGGAGGGAGAGGAGGAGUUGCCCGAAACAGGUACUAUCCCGAACCUACCCGAGAAGUGGAGGCUCGUGUCAAGGCUCGGCAUGAGGCUGAGCCUGAUCGAGGACCGAGGCUCGGGUCAGAGGUUCGUCGUGCAGCGGCUGGAGGUUCGGGAAGAGGCUCGGGAGGAGGUGGGGGGGCAAGUGGGGAAGAAAAAUGGUCAUGUGGGUAUUGGGAGUGGGAGUGGGAGUGGGAAUGGGGGUGAGACAAAGACACGAGAGAGUGUGGAGGGUGGGAGGGUGCGUGAGCUUCAGAGGAAGGUGGCACUGCUGCUGAAACACAGUCAUGAGAACGUGGUGCCUUGCAUCGGUGCCAUCCGAGCCAACCCUGCUGCUGCUGGUCCUGCUGCUGCUGCUGCUGCUGCUGCUGCUGCUGCUGCUGCUGCAUCUCCUCAAGAAGAGUCAGUGGUGGUGUUUGCGGCUUUUGAGUUUGUGCCGUCGUCGCCGCUCUCCCACCAGCUACAGGAGUGCGGGCCCAUGCCGGAAGAUACGCUCGCCUUCUGCCUGCGACAGGUGAGAAGCAGUUUGUUCAUGGUGGUACGUGGCCACUGCUCUCCCACCAGCUACAGGAGUGCGGGGCCCAUGCCGGAAGAUACCCUCGCCUUCUGCCCCGGACAGCUGCAGGAGUGUGCGCCCAUUCCAGAAGACACCCUUGCCUUCUGCCUCCGACAGGUAGUCGAAGCCCUUCACUCCCUGCAUUCACACGACAUCACCCACGGCAACGUCCUUCCCUUCACGGUCUUUGUGCCGGACGAUGGGGUCGUGCGACUGGCCGGACUCAUCCCUAUGAUCCCUCACCCACUCCCCUUCUCCCACCAGGUAGCAGAGGCCCUUCACUCCCUGCACGCCCAGGGGAUCACUCACGGCAACGUCCGCCCCUCCACAGUGUUUGUCCCGGACGACGGGGUCGUGCGACUGGCCGGCAUCGCUUGGCUGGACUCCAACGGUCACGGGACCUUCUGGAAAGGCAAAAACAGUUGCAGCAGCGGCGGCAGAAGCAGCAACAGCAGCCAUGGUUACAGGGACAGCCGGGUCUCCCGCCUGUCUCCUGAAGCCAUCAGAGAGGAAGAAGUGGGCCCUCCAUCUGACGUGUGGGCGUUAGGGUGCCUGGCCGUGGCGAUGGCGACAGGAGCAGAGCCGUGGGCUGGUGUCACAGACAGCGAGCAGGUGAGGCUGUUCAUUGCUCACAGUCGAGACCUACCUGAACUCCCACCUGAUUCUUCACCUGACUUCACAGACUUUGUGGCAUCGUGCUUGAACCGCGACCCUUUAAAGAGGCCAACAGCUGAAGCCCUCAUGAGCCAUCCUUUUCUUGCAACGCCAUAG